AAGCGGACGAAGAAGAAGAAGACCAAGAAGAAGAAGAAGGAGAGCAACAGCUUGUCAGUGCGAAGAUGCCAAGACACUGCUCAGCAGGCGGCUGCAAAUCCCGGGACAAUCGUGAAACUCGCAAGGCUGGCAUCACUUUUCACAAGUUACCCAAAGGAGCAACGCGAAGGAACUUGUGGAUAACCAAUUCCCACCGCGUUGGCCUGUGGGAUCCUCAAACUGACUUUGUCUAUUUCUGCUCAAAACAUUUCACCCCAGAGAGCUUUGAACUCACGGGAUACAGUGGCAUCCGAAGACUCAGGGAAGAUGCUUUUCCAUCAGUGUUUGAACCAAUACAGGAUCCCAAAAGCAAAAGAACAGGAAGGCCUCGAAAACGUGAAGGAAUCCAAGUGAGGAAGAAACCCCAGCCUUUGAAAGCAGAGGCAGCUACCAAAGAUGCCUUUCAAGAACAAACUGAGGAAGCCGAAAGUAAACGUGGGGAGGAUGUUUGUGUCUCAGUGCCAAAAGGAAAGCAUGAUCAAGUUGCCUCAGAUAUUGAAGACCUCCUCCAGCAGGACAGUCAUCAACUCCCCCCAGCUAAUCUUCAGUCACCACCUGUUCCUCGUCCCCUCUCUCCAUCACAUUACAUGAGACGCCUGCCUCCUCCUCCAGGAUUCUACUUGGGGAAAGAGCACAGCUAUGCCCAGCUCUGCCCCUUGCUGUGGAGGAGACGUUAUGACCGAGUUAUUGACUGCUUGGAGAAGGCCUUACGACAGCUGAACGCAGCCAGGAGGAGGGAGAGCCGGUUACGUAGUGCCCUCUUGCAGCUACGUGAAAAACAUUUGAAGCAGGUCAUGUUUCUCUCAAAAGAUGGAUGUAAAAGUAAUGGAAGUUGGAUGCCAGGUGCUGAGACUGGACGGUGUAGAGCAAGUAGACACAGAGGAGGUAGAGGUUUUUAUCUGGCUAACAAGGAUGAGAGAGAGCUUGAUGAAGAGACUGAGGACACAGGGCUGUAUGAUAACAGAACUGGGGAGGAGGUGGAUCGGGGUGGGCAUUUGACUCAAACAGAUACAAACCACAGGCCUGAAGAGGAGAGGGGAUACUGCUUAUACUGUGGGAGAGGUGGGGAGGACAAAAGGGGCCAAGUCAUAUGCAGAAUUUCAGAAACGAGGAAAGCUGGACAGCUGACAAUGCAUGGCGUCUCAUUGAGGUGUCAGGUAAAUGAGAGAGUUGAAGAAUUUGACAAACAUCUUCGAGAACAACUUAAUGAUAAAGAAAAAGAAGUAUUGGCUGGAAGAGCAGAAGCAUCAAAGGGGGGAUCUGAAAACUACCAUUGUUAUGCUGAUGUGACUGAUGAUGUUAAAGGCCUACAGUUAAUGAGGCUGGAAAGACCACUUGGUACAUGUGUAGAUACAGCUCCAAACUUCCACAGAGGCACAACGCCACCUGUUCCCCAAGCCCUGCUGCAAAUCCAAGUGCAGUCUGGCCUGAAUCCAAUGACUUCUGCUGAGGUACUACAGCGUGACAAUCAUGCUCAGUCCCUGUCGUCUGACCUAGGCUCUCAGCAAGGUGUGCUGCUCACAGACUUGUGUGCCAGGGAAAGUGAGCACGCUGGUCCAGAAGAUCAUGGAGGACUGGAGCGACAUGAGUUCCGGAUAGAGGAAACUAAUGAAGGUGAACUUUGUCUUGUGUCUGUUCCUACUGAGGAUGAGUUAGAAAGUAUAAUUUGGAUGCAAAGAGUGGCUGAAGAUUCACAAAACAUGCUUGUUUCAGAAGUGGGUCAUCAGAGAGACUUUGGACAGAUGACAGGGGAUAAUGGUAGGCAGAGGUUAGAGAACAUACCCAGAGAAGCUAGAGUUGAAAAUGCCUCUUCUUAUGGGAAUGGUGGGCAGCAAUCCAUUUUAUACAAACCUGUUGUGGUAAUGAAAGAGGAUGUGAGACAGAAACUGAAAGAACAUCUUGAGGGGUUUCAUCUUCAGUUGAGUAAUGAAUUUGCCAGUUGAAGUUAUGUUGUAAACUAUGACAUUGUGAUACAACAAAAACCAUCCUGAUCCCUACAAUGAGACAACUGUAUUGUUUUACAGAAUGACUACAAAACAUGUUUUCAUUGACCCACAAAAUCAUUUUAUAGAACACAGACACACACACAGACACACACACACACACACACACACACACACACACACACACACACACACACACACACACACACCAUAUGUAUAGAUAGAUAUUUGUUGUACUCCUUUGGCAAAACUAGUCAGAAUUUCCAAAGUGAAUUCUGAAGAAGAAACACAGCUUGAUAACCAUCUGUGUCCUCUAAGAUGAUUCUAGGCCUGUGAGCUCCAGCACAGCAGAGAGGCCAUGUGACAUGAUGAUGUGUUGAACUUCUAGGGGACAUCAUCUGCAAUAAAGAUUUCUUUAACCAACAGAUCAACACAACAGUUUUUCCCCCAAUGACAAGACACUGUUUCCAUUUUUUUUUACUGUUUGAAAACAAUGAAGAAACGUGUCAUACACCCACAUUUAAUUUGUGCUCCAGUAAUUCAGUAUCAAGCUCUGACUCUUCUAAU